AUGUCUCCUGUGAAAGGUAGCCUGUCUCCCCGCGUCGUCCACAUUCGUCGAUCGGACGAAGCCGAUUCUCAUGUUCUUCUUUAUGUUUCGCGCUCCGACUCUACCGGGGAGUUGACUAUAAUAGCGACGGAGGGGGAAUUUCCUUACACCGCAACUUUGCAGCAGUCCCAGCUGAACAAGCUAAGAACAAAAAGUUAUGAAGGUAGUGAUGAUGAGUGGAAUGACAUUGUUCUUUACAUCCUCGGCCUCCAGGACGAGACGACAAAAACGACAGAGCCGAGCAUGGGCAUCGAAGCAUCAGCUACCAUAAAUGACUCUGGAGACGGCCAUAAGGCACUAGUGAUCGCCGCGAGGAAGAGAAUACAGACCAUCACACAAAAAUUGGGAUCUUUAAGCCUCCAACAGAACGACGAACAGGGUAUCGAGCUAUUUGACUGGUCAAACCUUGCCGUUACUAGGGCGGAUAUCCUCGAGCAACGCUUCAAUUCGUUGCUUGAUCGCUUCCGUACGGCCGAGGAUACGAUAGCUUUGUUGAACAAGCAGUUGGAGGAGUUCAUCAGCUUGAAAACAGUACAUGACCAACAACUUAUAUCUGAUUUUGCGCAGUUGUUGAAUGAAAAGAAAUUGAAGAUCCGCAACCAACAACGCCUACUUGCGUCCGCCCAAGUUGACACCGAGAAAAUCUCUACAAUGCAGACAGCUACUGCAACGGACGAUCCGUGGCCAAAUGUGAAGGGACGGAGACCAAAACGUCCCGCAGAAACGACACGUGAUGAAUCUGACGACGAUGAAGGAUUUGAGAAAAUGGACGCCGAUAAACUAAAACCGCAGGUCGGCAAGGUUGCGGACGAGGAAACGGACGAUGGAGGAACAUCGACUCCCCGGCCAUUCGAAGAUGAUGAUAAUGCAACAUCUGAUGAAGACUUCGACUCAAGUGCUAAGGGACCACAGCAAAGAAAUCGAAGAAGUCAAGGACUGCACGAACAGGCUGUAGCGAAAUCACCACCGCCAAGGAGAGAGCUGCCCUUUUCAAGAAGGACGGAAAAAAAGCCGACACUCACUCUAUCCUCUCCGGUGCGGCAAAGUCGGGAUGAAACAGGAGAGAUGACAGAUGAUGAUGAACUAUAG